AUGAUGGCUCCUUCUUAUCCCAUAUCGUUUUGUGACAUGUGAGGGACAACAAAUGCUUGUUCACUGAGAUAAUUGUAUUUGCCUUCAACAUUUAAAUUUCAGUCAGUUUUGUUCUUAGUAACAUUAAGCAGAAAUGUGUGGUUCUCCUUUUUAAUAUUAAUGUGCUUCUUUAUGUUUCAUGUUAAAGUUAGACCUGCGGUGAGAGAUUUAUUGGAAGAAAAACCCCAACUGGAAGGAAACCACGACUGUAGACGAGGGAACAGCAACAAAGUGAACCUGCCCGAGGAUUGAGAGCAUCAACUGGAGAGAACCCAUCUGACUCGGAGAUUCCAGUGAGUCAGGCAGGAGAAAGUUUGGUUAAAAAUGACAAGGAAUUUGUCUACGGGAAUCUCAAACAGAUCACGUCAGGUUUGCUGUCUCUAUCCAGAUAUUUAAGACGAGGAGCAAGGGAUUCAUUCAACCUUCCUUCCUGCUCAGACUGUGUGGAGGGAUUCAUUUGCUCAUCUGACCGACUGGCACACCCGUUAUUUUACACAAGAGAGAGUCCGUUCAUAUUCUCAGACUGUGGGAAGGGAUUCACUCGGUCAUCUCAACUGAAGGAACAUCAGCGGGUUCACACUGGCCAAGGCCAUUCAUCUGUUUUGUGGGUGAGAAGGGAUUCAGUCACUCUUCUCAGCUGUGGACACACCAGUCAGUUCACACUGGGCAGAGGCUGGUCAUCUGCUGAAUUUGUGGGGAAGGAUUCACUCGGUCAUCUGAUCUAAUGGCUCAUCAGCGAGUUCGCACUGGGGAGAGGCCAUUCACCUGCUCGGACUGUGGGAAGGGAUUCAAAUACUCAUCUAAACUGAAGGAACACCAGCGAGUUCACACUGGAGAGAAGCCGUUCACCUGCUCAGACUGCGGGAAGAGAUUCACUCGUUCAUCCACCCUAAUGGCACACCGGCGAGUUCACACCGGGGAGCGGCCGUUCACCUGCUCGGACUGUGGGAAGGGAUUCACUUGGUCAUCGGACCUACUGGUACACCAGCGAGUUCACACUGGAGAGAGGCCGUUCACCUGCUCAGACUGCGGGAAGGGAUUCACUUGCUCAUCCCAACUGAAGGUACAUCAGAGAGUUCACACUGGGGAGAGGCCGUUCACCUGCUCAGAGUGUGGGAAGAGAUUCACUCGGUCAUCUGAACUACUGGUACACAAGUCAGUUCACACUGGGGUCAGGCUGUUCACCUGCUCGGACUGCGGGAAGGGAUUCACUCGGUCAUCCACCCUAAUGGCACACCAGCGAUUUCACACCGGGGAGCAGCCAUUCACGUGCUCAGACUGUGGAAAGGGAUUCCCUUGCUCAUCUAACCUGAAGGAGCAUCAGAGAAUUCACACUGGAGAGAGGCCGUUCUCUUGCUCAGACUGUGGGAAGGCAUUCAUUUCGUCAUCUAAACUGAAGGUACAUCAGCGAAUUCACACUGGGGAGAGGCCAUUCACCUGCUCAGACUGCGGGAAGGGAUUCACUCAGUCAUCUGACCUACUGGUACACCAGUCAGUUCACACUGGAGAGAGGCCGUUCACCUGCUCAGACUGCGGGAAGGGAUUCACUCGGUCAUCCAAACUACUGGUACACCAGCGAAUUCACACUGGCGAGAAGCCGUUCAACUGUUCAGUCUGUGGGAUGAGAUUCAGUCAGUCAUCCACCCUACAGAGACAUCAGCGAGUUCACACUGGGGAGAAGUCGUUCACCUGCUCAGUCUGUGGGAGGAGAUUCACUCGGUCAUCCCACCUACUAAGUCAUCAGCGAGUUCACACGGGAGAGACUGUUCACCUGCUGUGAAUGUGGGAAAGAAUUCAUAUGGUCAUCUUGACUACAGAGACACCAGCAAGUUCACACCAGUGGUAGAGGCUGUUCACCUGCUCAGACACUGGGAGGAGUUUCUCUCAGCCUUCUCAAUCAAAUGUGCAUGAUUGAGUUCAGGCUGGGUACAGGCCGUUCACCUGCUGUGAAUGUGGGAAGGGAUUCACUCAGUAACCUAACCUUGUGACACACUACUGGGUUCACACUGGGGAGAAAGUUUCAGUAAGCUUCAUGCUGGAGAUUUGUCCGUCACCAUUGCUGAAUGCAAUUUCAACAGUGACUAUCGGUGCUGAACUCUGCAAUUAUUGCUGCUGCUCACCACAUCCAGUUCUUCACACUGGUCACUGGGUGACGGGAGGAGUUUCUUCUGGAUAUUCACCUUUAAUGGGACUAG